CGCCGCGCGCCCACUCCGAUCCGCUGCGCCCAGGCUCCGCUUCUAGAGCUCUGGCUACCUACUCGCAGCGGCUGGGAAAGACCCUCCUCCUCUAGCCCACCUCCCUCCUCCCCUCCCCGACCCCCCCUCCUGUGCAAGUGUCGGUGGGGAAAACCAGGCUUGGCUCUCGGAAUCCAAGAAGAGAACAGAGGGACAGCCCAUACAAAGCUUUCUGGAGACACUGAGAGGUGGCAGGAGCCUUCAGAAAAAAAAAAAAAAAAGCAAAAGGGUACUCCCUGGCUACCAGGCAGCCCCAAGCUGGAUGGAGUGAAAGAUGCGGCCUGAUGAUAUAAAUCCGAGGACUGGGCUGGUGGUGGCCCUGGUCAGUGUUUUCCUGGUCUUUGGUUUCAUGUUCACUGUCUCUGGCAUGAAGGGGGAAACUCUGGGGAACAUCCCUCUGUUGGCCAUCGGGCCAGCCAUCUGCCUACCAGGCAUCGCUGCCAUUGCUCUGGCCAGGAAAACCGAAGGCUGCACCAAGUGGCCAGAGAAUGAGCUACUCUGGGUCCGCAAGUUACCCUGCUUCCGGAAGCCCAAGGACAAGGAAGUGGUGGAACUCCUGAGGACCCCAUCAGACCUGGAGUCAGGCAAGGGGAGCUCGGAUGAACUGGCUAAGAAGGCAGGCCUCAGAGGCAAGCAGCUCCCACAGGGACCAGGUGAGGUGCCUAUGGCCAGCUCCGUUACUACCCCCACUCCCACAGAGGAAGGAGAAUGCCAGAGUCUAGUCCAGAGUGGGCGGCAGGAGGAGACAUCCAGAUACCUGGAUGGCUAUUGCCCCUCGGCCAGUUCCCUUGCCUACAGUGCCUUGGAUGCCAAGUGCUCAGCCUGGGACAGAUCUGACCGCCCUGAGCCCGAGGACAGCAUCUUCUUUGUGCCCCAGGACAGUAUCAUCGUUUGCUCCUACAAGCAAAACAGCCCCUAUGACAGAUACUGUUGCUACAUCAACCAGAGCCAAGGCAGGUGGGACCACGAGACAAUAGUCUGACCUGUUCAUACAAGGGUCCCAUGUUGACAGACACAUUGCUAUACUCAGCUCCCAAGGGAAGAGAAUCUCUGCUCCAACAGCCUUCACACUGUUACAAACUGGCACGGUAUGUGAUGGGGGUGCAGACCUCUGGUGCCUGAUACUCAUGUAAAUAGGCAUGUUGGGGGCAUAGUUUAGGGAAGUAUGGAGAAUUAAGGACACUGGGAAGAGACAGUAAACAGGAAGAAAGUUCCAUUUGCUUCUGAACAAAUUAAACAAUGUUGAUUGCUUUGUAAAACAGCCCAAAAGGUGCUUGCCGUCAGGUGAGUCUAGGGAGUGUUAGCUGCCAGGGGUCAAAUGAUGCAGGGGCUAUUCACACAGAAACCGGCUGCUUUGUGUUUGAAGAACAUGAAGGAAAAUUGUAUGUUCCUUUAUAUGGUUUGGUUUUUGUUUUGCUUUUUUUUUUUUUUUGCCUGAUAAUAGCUUUUCACACAUGGUAAUUGUUGAAAGACAUAAAAAUCAAGACAGAAUAGGUAAAUCCUCCUGAUAUGGGAUGGGUUUUGGAGUGAGGGGAGUUAAAAUUGUUGAAAUGUAUAAUUGAAUCCCGACCUCUGACAAGAUCAUGGUUUCAAAUAAAGUGUUGAUUAUGCUAUGUGAAACGUUAAUAUUUUAGGUGGUCGUGUUACUUCUUAAAGUCUUCAUUUGAGCUGAGUUGCUGGGACUUUAUCUGAAGUUUUUAAAAUAUUUAUUCACACUGAUGUAUUUCCUUACCACGUACAAAAUGGCUUGUUGUGAUAUCGUUAGAUUAGGAUUUCUUUUUAUCAAUUUGUGAAACACAUUUUACAAAGUACCUUCAGCAUUUCUGGGAGGCAUGUACUAGGAAUUACUAUAUCCCUUUUAAAGUGUGAGACUACAGGUCAAUCCAUUAGUCCUGAGCACUAUGAAAACUUUGUAUGAGACACAUGGUUAAGCCUUCAUUUGUCAUUUAUUCAUUUGUUCAACAGCGCCCCUCCCCCAACCUUGACGAGAAUGCAAUGAAACAAGAGUUAAUUUAUAAGAUUUUUCUGAAGCCCUUGUUUUAUUAACUUCACUGGAUCAGAGAAAUUUACAUGACAAAAUUCUCAUUAUUUCCCACCUUUUUUUUUUUUGUGGCUGAGGGGAGAAACAUCAUCAUGCUAUCCUAAAAUGUCUUUCCUAUUUGUCUUGUUUAAUUGCAACAGAUAAAAAGAAUAAUCAGCUAAAAUGCCAUUUUAUCCUUCUUGUGGAAUAGUUGAAUUAUAUAUAUGAAUGGUGAUAAAUUUAGGCUUGAGAAUUAGGAUUAUCUUAUAUCCUUCAGGGAAUUUUAAAUUCUCAUUUUUAUAUCAAAUAGUUUUAGUUACAUUCUCCCAAAAGGUGAAUCGGGGACAAAAGAAAUGGGGGCUUAUCUUUAAGUAUUUUAAAUCCAGCCCUGUUGAUUCUUAAGUGUGGCAACUGUCCUCUCUUAAGGAUUAUGCUCUUAAAAAUCCUAAUUCUUGAAUGAUGCUUAAGAUCAAAAGGAUUUCAUCUUUCUGGUCAGUCCUCAAUGUCAGAAAAUAAGGUGUGUGAUCGUGGACAAAGUUCACCUUCCAACCCCUCAGCUUCCCAGAGGAAUGGGGCCGGAUUGGUCUGCACACUGGACGUUUCCACCACUCAGUCCCAGGUGGGAUGAUCUCAAAUGCUACACCACAGAAACUGUAUGUUGCAGGAAAUAAGCUACAGCAAAAUGCAUGUCCACGUGAUGCAACCCAUGAUCAAAAUCAUGCAACAUGGAUUAAAUUGCUGCUACUCAAAAGACUUGCAGACUACGAAAGCAGGCGCGUUUCAGCACGACAUAUUUAGCAUUUAUUAGAUACCAAUGCGUUCCCGGGCAUAAAACUGAAACUUAUUGAUGCUAAAAGGUUUUUUUUUGAGAAAAAAUGUAAAUGUUGGUGUAGCCCAAAGUAAUCUAGCAGACAGCUUUGCACUAUAUGUAACUGACUUCAGACCUGAGAUGGUGAGGGAUGGUUUCCUAAAAAAAAUCACCAUAUCUGUUUUGAAAGCAGAAAGUUCCCCCUGUUGUGUUUGUCACUGUAAGCAAUUUUAGACGGGAGGAGACAGACGAAGGUUGUUUGGGCUCAGCAAGUCUUACGUGGGUCUGAGAGACGAGGACUGGAGUGUCCGCUAAGGUUUGGAUUUUGGGAAAGUUUCUUCUGGAAACAGUUUUAAUUUUUCAUAUAAUGUGCACAUGUGUGCACAGAGUCCCAUUUCCAAGUCACAGGACAAGUACCGAUUUAAAGUAAUUAGCCAUUUUAAAUCACAUUUUCAAGUUGUAUUUCAGGAAAAAAAAAUCUUCCAUUUACCUAUUUAAAAUACUGAAGUUAUCUAAAUACACGCUCUUGGGUAUAUUCUUUUGUGCUAAAAGAAUGAUUUGCAAAUGUUGGGCUGAGAGAUUUAACCUUCUUUCCCCAAAGA